AAAACAAAUUGGCGAAAAUCACCCGCAACCCGAACAAUGCCAAAGAAGCUGAGAUCAGCUGGUCGCCCGACUAUGAACAGCAGAAAGAGAUCUCCAAGGAUGGAUUGAAGGGACGUCUCAUAAUCGAGUACGAUGUCGACAGAAAGAAACAUCCGUCUCAGAUCUUAAUAGAAGACGGCCAUUUCGUCCAUUUCUUUGCGCCAGCCGAGCUUCCUCCUCUGCGAAAACAGGUGGUGUUUGUACUGGACAUCAGUGGAUCCAUGUUCGGAGAGAAAAUCAAGCAGCUGAAGGAUGCCAUGCUCAAGAUUCUGUCCGAUCUCAACCCGCAGGAUCACUUCAGUAUUGUACUGUUCUCUGAUAAUGCCUAUGUGUGGUCCAAAGCUAAGACUGCAGUAAUGAAAAAGAUUCUUGAUGAAGGUUUCUACAAUCUUGACAACGAAACUCUAGCCAUCUUGGAUGACCACAGAAACGAAAUUCUCCAGGCCACUCCUGAUAACGUCAAAACUGCAAAGGAGUUCGUCGAAUUGAUUAAGCCAACUACAUCAACCAACAUAAUUGAUGGCCUGAGAAAGGGAUUGAAGCUGGUGAAAGAAGGAAAGGAAACACUGGAUACCACCAAAGAGCCAUCCCAGCCUAUCAUGUUCUUCUUGACUGAUGGAGAACCCAAUGUCGACUUGACAGAUCCCGUGGAGAUUGUCAAUGAAACCAGCACACUCAAUGAACAACUCAAGACACCAAUCUACUCUUUGGCAUUUGGUCAGGGGGCUGACAUAACUUUCCUGAAGAAAUUGUCAAAGGCUAACCACGGAUUCGCAAGGAAUAUCUACGAGGGGUCAGAUGCAACUCUACAGCUCAACAAUUUUUACAAAGAAAUCUCCUCUCCUCUUCUGGCCAACGUCACAUUCAUCUAUCCUCCUGGUGAAGUAAGUUUCAUUAAAAUUAGGCUAACAAUAAUUCAGCUUUAUCAAUCAACUAUAGUGAGGUCCACGUUAUAAUGGCAGUGGAGAAAG